AUGGUGUCUUGCAGUGACAAGUGUCGGAAUUUUGGCUUGUCCAUUGUUAAUCCUAAGGAAAAAACACUUUUUGGCCGAACAUGCAGGAGCUGGACUCUUAUUCUCAUCUACUAUCUCAUCUUCUACUCCAUUCUCGCAUCUUUCUGGAUCGGAAUGCUUUCUGUCCUUAUCUUUGGAUUGGUUAGUAAUGAAUCUCCCUCAAUGACAGGGAUGCAGAGUUUGCUUAAGUUGAACCCAGGACUGAGCUCCGUGCCACGUGCAAACGACGAGGCGACCUUGAUGCAAAUAACUACUUUUGACAGCAAAAUAAAGGAGGAUUACUUAAAUUAUAUGAAGGAAUAUUUAUCUAAAUAUCCGGAGCAAUCCUCCAACUGCAAUUUCACAUCGGGCGAAAGAAUCAGCGGCACUAUUCGCGAACCUUGUGAAUUUCCUCUCUCACUUCUUGGUCCAUGUGCCUAUCCAGAAAAAUACUUGACGGAUAAUAAUAACGCUUGCUUUUAUCUUAAACUCAACAAGAUCUAUGGAUAUCUUCCGGAUGUUGAGGGAACAAAAAUUCACGUGGAGUGUGGUCCAUCUAACACCAUGGAUAGGAAAUUUCUAGGUGAAGCAGUUUACUAUCCUCAAGUUGAAACAGCCAAUGGCACUUUAGGUUAUUUUUCUACGGUUGUCUAUCCCUACUUAAACCAGAAGGACUAUCAAACUCCACUUCUGGCCGUUGUCUUCCCGAAACUUGUACGCAACAUGGUUGUUAUGAUUACUUGUGGCGUUAAAAAUGUGGCCGGCGCAGAGGAAUUCCGUUUUGAUAUAGCUGUUGAUACAGAAAAAUCCAUUGCCUUUAGUUAA